GUUUGUAUCGUGUUGUGUGUCAUUGUGUAAGCGUUAUGUUCCUUGUUUAUUGUUUAAUUUAACAUUAGAAAAUGGCCAAGGAGAAAGAUUUUCAAAAGCUAUUUUCCCUGGAGGAAGCCAAAGAUCAUUUUCAGGAAAUUAUUACUGAGCAGUGUGACACUUCUCUGGCACUGGAAGAACUGCAGGAUGGUUUCUAUCAGUUUUUACUCCAAAGUUCCUUAAACAGAGAAAAUCUAUACAUUAUAGAAAGAGGUUUAGAACUGAUUGUUGUCACACUGAGGGAAAAGAAUUUGCUCCAGACUUACUUAGAACAUUAUUUAGAUAUCAAUGUUAAUGAAUUUAUGUAUUUGAACAUAAAUUAUUGGUCAAAAAUAACAUUGUUAAAGUUCACUAAUGACCUUAUUAAAUGUAAUAGAAACUGUAUGGAAUAUUUGAAUUCAUACACAAAAUAUAUUCUGGUUGACAGCCUAUCAACUGCAUGCACUUACGAGUUGCAAACAAGUAUAUUGACUAUGUUGUUUGAAAUUUAUGAAGAAGAAUUUUUGAAAAAGGAAAUCAACGAUUUCUUUCCAAUAUCUAAGGAACUAAGAGACGCAUUUAUGGAAAUUAGACUACAUGAUUUUCAUUCCAGCUCCAGAAAAUUUUUAAACUUGUUGAACGCUCAACUAAAGAAAAUAUUUUCUAUUCGCUCUCUUGAAUUUAAACUAGACAAUAAAGUUUUGAUUUUACCGAAUAAUUGGAUUGAUAUUAAUCAGGACACCAGAGAAUUGUCGUUUUAUUGCGGAAAAACUUUGGUUUCACAUGAAGAAGAAAAUGUUUUGCAUGCGGUUUAUAUAGACCUAAGCCAAACUGAAAUUGAUGUUUACAAAAUUUCUGAUACUCUCAAAAUUCAAUUGAAGGGUGCUGCCUACUGCUCAAAUUCAUAUUUGAUGCGUGUAAUAAAUGAAGCGGAAAUAUUGCAAAUCAAGUUCGAGUUUUCCGAUGAAUACAGUUUAUUACGAAAUGAAAUUUUACCAAUGGUUUACGCAAGAAGUAAAAAAAUAUUUAGAGGUUUGCAAUAUGGAUCUUUGGAUAUCCAUGUAACUAAAGGUCAUAUGAAUACUGAUUUUCUGAUUAAUGAUAAAGAAAUUCCAACUGCGAAAAAUUCUGGUUCACAUACGGUUGCUUCAGAAGUAAUAGUGAUUUCAGAGUUUUCAAGUCAUGUGUCCAAUUAUUCCUUUAAAGGGCAGUAUAGUGGUGCGAGUAGUUCUAUAGUUAGUGUGAAAAGUACUUUCACAGAUGAAUAUUCGGAGUGUCUCUAA